AUGUCAGGUGUCUCUCAAGACGAAGACAAAAAGCCUGGUGAUCAGUCGAUCCAUAUCAAUCUUAAAGUCAAAGGCCAGGAUGGAAGUGAAGUAGUUUUCAGAAUUAAGAGAAGCACACAGCUGAAAAAGCUCAUGAAUGCUUAUUGCGAUAGGCAAUCUGUGGAAUUUAACUCUAUUGCAUUCUUGUUUGAUGGGCGUCGCCUCCGGGGGGAGCAGACUCCGGACGAGCUUGAGAUGGAGGAAGGUGAUGAGAUAGAUGCCAUGCUGCACCAGACCGGAGAAUUCAAAGUUUCUUCUUCAAGCGUUUCUCAAACACUUGGAGAGGAAGACACAGAAUCUGAGGAAUCUGAGAAAGAAGUCUUAGAAGCUGAAGAAGAAGACAGAGAAUCUGAAAAGGAAGACACGGCAUUGUGGAGUCGGCUGCAAAACCUCAAAAAUAAUGUUUCUAUCCAAGGUAAACAAACUGAUUCUGAAGAAGAAGAUGCAGUAUCUGAAGAGGAGGAUGCAGAAUCUGUUGAGGAAGCCACAGAAUCUGGAAAUCUGACUAUUAAAACUCAAAAUUAA